AUGAAUAUAUUGCUUAAAUACAUCCUCAUUUUUCCUUCGCUCGCCACAUUGACACCCCUAAUAAGCAGGACCAUGGGUUGCAUUCAAAGCAUCGCCUGCAAGCCCCGCAUCCGAAGGGAGAACAUAGUGGUCUAUGAGGUGUCAGCCUCCAUUGACCAAUGCCCGACCAUCAUUGAAGAGAACUCACCCAUUGUGCUUCGAUACAAGACCCCAUACUUCAGAGCAUCGGCUGGGAUCGUGAUGCCCCCUGUCCCUAGAAACGAAACAUGGACUGUGGGGUGGAUUCAGGCGUGUACCCAAAUGGAGUUCUUUAAUACAUAUGGUGAUAUUGGCAUGUCCAGCUGGGAACUCCCAGAACUUCGUGAAGGACGGGUAAAGGCGAUCAGCGAUUCAGAUGGCGUCAGUUACCCCUGGUACGGUAACACUACCGAAACGGUGACACUCUCAGGCCCCACGUCCAAACCGUCCCGUUUAACGGUGAGCAUGAAUGACAACUUCUACCCUAGCGUGACAUGGGCAGUGCCCAUCAGCAACAGCAACACGCCCAUGCUCACGCACAUCACGAGAGACCAGAGCUUCAUCACUUGGCUGGUGGCGCUAAAUGCAGACACCAAAGAACGUAUCGUUCUUCAGACAGUGCGCUGGCGGAUGCGGGUAGACAUUGAAGUGGACCCGUCCAUGCCUCUAGGUUCUCGUGCAAAACUCAUGGGACGACCGCACCAAGAACAACCGCACAUUCUCAGCAACAAUGAACCCAUUCCUCCAAACGCGCUGGGCAGGCCCAAUGCCAACGAUGCCCAGGUGUUAAUGUGGAGGCCUAGGAGGGGACAGCCACUGGUUGUUAUACCACCAAAAUAGGGUUGUCUUAACAGUGCCUACAGAACAAUAACACCUUAAAAGGUUGAUGACUGCAUGCACUGUUUGAAUCAUAAGGAUUUAGGGGUUCUGCGGAUUGCCAGUUUUGUUGGCUUUCUUUAUUCCUCAGAACUACAGUAGACUGUUGAAUGGGGCAUAGUCUAUGUCCAUAAUGAAACUGGACUGCCUUUCAUAUGCACAGUACUCAUUUUAUUUAAUGACAAGGAAUGACUAGUCAUGAAUCUGAACUGUAUUUCGGGAUAGAUGGUAUAUAAUGCAUGAACGAGAUUGAAUGUUUAGACACAACGUAAACUCAGUUGCAAACAAUGAAGAGGAAAGUUAACUUUUGAUUUGUAAGAAAUCUACUUGAAACGCAGUUGAAUAAGACGCUAGCAAAUAUAUUUUA